AUGUCUUUCCGAUCAAUCAUUGUGGCAGUGGCCGCUAUUUUUGCUUUCACGAACGCACACAUUAUCAUGGAUUCACCUGUGCCUUACAGUGUCGACAAGAUCGAUAACAGUCCUAUCACCGCCUCGCAGUUCCCCUGCAAGUCGCAAAAUGGAUUUACCGUCUCUACAAUGAACAACAUGGCAGUUGGAGAGCAACAAACCAUUAAGUUCAAGGGUACCGCCGUGCACGGUGGUGGUUCUUGCCAACUCUCAGUUACUAUGGACACAGAGCCCACCGAGAACUCCGUAUUCAAGGUUAUCAAGUCAAUUGAGGGCGGAUGCCCUGGUGUUGAUGGCUCAACCAAUGAGUACAACUUCGAGCUUCCGGACAGUAUUCCAAACGGUAAAGCCACCUUUGCCUGGACAUGGUUCUCCAAGAUGUCAGGAGCUCCUGAACUGUACAUGAACUGUGCCCCUAUCGAAGUUACGGGUGGUGCAAGCGACAAGACCGCUUUCAGUGCGCUCCCAGAUAUGCUUGUUGCCAACAUCGGUGAGGGCUGCACGACUGCUCAAAACUUUGCUACUGCGUUCCCCGACCCGGGACAGGUUGUGGAGAAGGGCGCCACCAACGAUCAGGAGGCUCCCACCGGCAGCUGCGGUUCUUCAUCUGGAACCACUCCAGCGGUCUCCCCCUCGGCCGCACAACCCGUCGCCAGCGGCACCGCCACGCCCGCGCAGCCCACAACCCCCGCCUCCAGCGGCAGCAGCAGCAGCAGCAGCGGCAGCACGACCUGCACCGAAAACGGCGCCAUCAUGUGCAACGGCACCACCCAAUUCGGGCUCUGCAACAACGGCCAGAUCGUAUGGCAGGCCGUCGCAGCGGGCACUACCUGCUCCAACGGCGUCGUUGCGCGCCGCGCUUACAAUGGGCGUGUUACUCGCCCGAGGGUU